AUGUGUCGCCAGACCGUGCAUUCGUCCCCUCUCAUUUCUCUCGCGAUCUUUGUUGGACUCGUAUACGGUCAAGACUUUGCCAUCCCCACUGACUGGCGGAAACCAAAUUCUACUCGUUCGCAUUCCGAGCGUCUCCUGAUCGCUCAAAACGCCGCCCAGUCCCUGACGCCGGCAGUGAAUGUAAACGAUGGCACCACUCCAGGAAUGAACCCUUGGGCAUCCGCCAAUGUGCCUGCCGCCCUUGCCCAGUGCGACUACGUCUCCGGCAGUCAAAGCAAUCGUGAUUUUGUAAACCGAACUAUACAGUCUUUCCGGAGCGCUUAUCCGCCUCUCUUUGACCAGACUCAGCUGCUUCUCGAGGUGACGAGCGAUGCUUUGAUGUGGGGUUUAGCCGCCUUUUACGGCUCCCGUGCAUACAACGAUGCGGACCUGCAACGUGUGGCCAUUGACGUUUGGAACGUCGCCGAGAACUAUGCCGUAUCAGUGCAGGAUGCAAUGAGCGGCACGCAACAUACCAGAAACACAAGUUUCGACACCAGUUGUGUCCUCGCUGGGGUCAAUGUGGCUGGAGCAGUGUUUUGGCUCGCGGAUAUACCGAAUGAUUAUGUAUCCAACGGCCAAACAGUGGGGGCCCACGUCGCCCUUUCUGCACAGUUAUGGGAGUCUACUGGCAACAUCACAUACUUGAAUGCGGCUAACCUCUCUGCCACCUUCAUGUACUCUCACAUGUACUCUCAAACGCAGCAUGUGAUGAUCGAUAAUUAUAACCUUGCCGACUGUAGCAACAGCGCCAGUAGCAAUGUGUGGUGGACUUACAAUCAAGGUUUCUUUCUUGAAGGCAUCUCGAUCUUAAGUUCUGCACCCAUCCAAGGAAAUACGUCUUGGGCUCAAAUCCUGCAAUCAUUCGUAACAUCUACUGUGAAUUCACCUCUGUGGACCGAGUCAAUCGGUGCCAACGCUGGCAUCCUCAUUGAAAACUCGACUGGCGACCCAGAGGUUUUCUCGGAGGCAUUCGUGAGGCGAAAUGCACUAUUUCGCGCUCUAUACGAGAUCUGGUCCAGAGCGGGAUCAUCCAGUGCGAUGGCGAACUUCAUACAAGCAUUCGUGAUGGUACAGUACAAUGCGUUGCUAGACCUGGCGUCCAACAACGGUAGCAUAUACUCUCCGAACUGGCUCGGACCUACGGUGACCACCGCCGUGCCUUGGGGUCAGCUGGCAGCCAUGGAAGUACUGAACGCAGCUAUUGCUAUGCCCCCAACCAAUAGUUCUGCGCCGACAGGGGCAUCCGCAACGCCAUCCGUAACGACUACAGUGUCACCCUCGAUGUCCUCGAGCCCAUCGACAUCAUCGAUCGGGGAAGUCGUCGGCAUCGCUGUUGGUGCUACAAUCGGCGCUCUUAGCAUCGUAGCGGUGUGCGCAGUGUGGCUUAUCCGACGUCGUAGGCGGGCCAACAUUCAUGGGGCGAGAUCUGAUGCUCAGCGCGACAUCGACGCUUUUCCUCCCGGUCUCCCCGUCAUUCAGCGGCCCAGUGAAGAGCCUGUUAGCAUCAUCGGCGCAGGAUACAGUAGUGGGAAGACAAGGUACAGACCGGGACUGGCGCUUUUGUCCGAUAGCGCGGUGUCUACGCCUUUGGAAAGUGUAGCGCCGACAGGCUCAUCCGCUGUGGAUCCCACCGAUCUCGCCGUCCCGAUGCUUGAUGGCGAUCAGGAAGCAGAGAUCCGGCGGCUAGUAGAACGACUGAGGAACAAUAUCAAUCAGUUCGCCGACACACGCCCACCUCCUUCGUACUUUAGUGGUGGCAAUUGA